UUGACUGCUGAGUUUGGAGGAGACGUACGGUACGGAAUUUUGAUUUGGUUUUGGUUUUGGAGAGAUGUUUGAAAGAUGAGGGAUUGCUUGGAGUAAUUUGGUUUCGGGAGGUGUAAUUAUUGAUAAUAUUAUUAAUAAUGGACGCUGCACCAGAUGUUGCGGACCCUAUACUAGUAAAUGAUGUGCUCCAGCAAUUGAAAUCAGAAGGAACAUUUGAUCAAUUCAGAAGAGAUUGCUUGGGAGACGUUGAUACGAAACCUGCCUAUCAAAAUUUAAGACAACGUGUGGAGAAUUAUGUAUCUAACUUUCUUAGUGGGGUAACAUGGAGUCCUACCAUGAACAAGAAUCAAUUGAGAGACAGCUUGAGGAGACAAAUCAAUCAAUCCGAAAUUCUUGCUAUCGGUGUUGAACGAGUUAUAGAGCAAGUUGUUGACCCUCAAAUUCAACAUGUUUUCCGUCCAAAGUUGGAAGAAGUGGUGCAGAACAUUUUAAAAGUUGAAUUGGAUCCAAACUCAGAAAUGGGAUUGAGUGGAUUUAUUCCAACUACAUGUAGUUCCAAUCCUUCUCAACUUUUCAGUAAUCGUGUUUCAGUCAAUGAAAGCCAACCAUCAUAUGCGAACCAAGCUACUUCUUUUACUGGACAUGUGUCAGUCAGCACACCACCUAUCAUGGAAUCAUCCUCUAGUGUAGCUCCUCCGCUACCAUAUGAAGCUCCACCCCUUCCAAGCCAUUCACCACCACCACUACCUGAAGAAGCCCCACCUCCUCCUUUGCCAGAAAGUGUUGCACCUCCCCCUCCACCAGAUGAACCACCUUCACCUUCCCAAGAUAUGGAUGUAGAGAGCACAGAGUCAAUGGACAUAGAAGAAACCACCAAAUCAGAACCUCUACAAAAGAGUGGACCAUUCAAAUUUAUGAAGAACCUCUUACAUAAGGCAAAGGAAAAGGUGAAGUGUAUCAUUGGAGAGAGGAAUGAAGAAGAAUCAAAGCAUGACGAUGAAAACAUGACUCUGGAAUCAAAUGUCGUGGAAGAGAAGAUGCAAAUUCUUGAAUUGGAAAGAACUGAUGAUAAAAAAGAAGGAUGUCUAGAUGCAAAGGAUGGUGAUGCUGGCAAAGGUGAUGGUGGUGGGGAUGAUGAAGAAGACCGCUUAACAGACAUAACUGUUAGCUCAGUGCACACUAGUGAUUUGUCUUCGUUUACGGAGGGCAUCAGCUCAUCUUCAAGCAGUGAUUUAUCUGAUUCUGAUGAUGACGAACUUAAAAAAAUAAGUGACAGUGUUGAGAUGGCAGGUGAGAGAUCAUUGUCAAGGUGUUCCUCAUUGGCAACAGACUCAGAUAAAGGUUCUUCUAAAGGAUCAGGAAGAAAGUCCUCUAACCUGGCUCUAGCCAUUAGUCGUUACCAUAGUGAUAGCGAUGAAGAUAUGGAGAAGCGACAAGAGAGGAGAAGGAAGGCUGCUGAAGCAAGAGAGGAGAGAGCUGUCUUACGACAACAAGCAAGAGAGGAACAUCAAAAGAAGAUAGAACAAAUGAAAGCUGAAAGGUUGGCCAAGAAACGAAAAAAAGCAUUACAAGAAAAGAGCAAUACUUCUGAUGAAGAAGACACUGAUGAUAGACCAGGAAGAAAGGAAAAAAGAACACGAUCUAUUCAACUAAAGGAACAAAUGAAAGAGAAACUGCUGGAGAAGAAGAAAGAAAAGAAGAGAAUGGCAGCUGCAUCACACUCUGUCUCUGAAGAAACACUUUCCCCAAGAAAGCAAGUAACAGACUCAAAGCCCAGAGAAAUAUACAGAUUUGAUUUGGUUGCUAGGCAACUGAAGAAACCACUUGUGAAAACUCAUUAUUUACUUUGUGAAGAAUUACCAGGAGAAGAACAAAUGAAUGAUAGCAAUAACAAAGAGAAAUUUAGGGGAUCAGAUGGUAAGCAUUCAAGUGCUGAAAACCAAGAAAUGAUUGAGGAUAAAUUGGAAGAAGGUGAGCUCAAAGAAGCAUUUGAUGAUGUACUGCAUAGACCAUCUGAUGCUAGUAAUGUUGAAGUUAAUGAAUCUAUGGUUGAUUUGAAUAUAAUAGACAGUGAUGAUAAAAAUGAGCAGUUACACUCUUUUGAUGUCAAAACAAAACAGUUUUCAGUACAUGUAGCAGUAGAAUCUAGUUGCUGGAAAGACAAAUCCCAAGAGCAUGAUGGUGUGACAAUUGCUGAUAGCAACUUGAAAACUGAAUCUCAGAAGCAGGAUUAUGUUCCAGUUACUCAUAGUAGCUUAAAAGUUAAUUCCAAAAGGAAUAGUGGUGUUGCACUGACAUCAGCUGAAAGCAGCUUAAAAGAUGAGUCUCAGGAUGGUGAUAAGGUUCCAGAAACUGAUAGCAGUAUGACAGUUCAGUCCCAAAUAAAUAGUGAUGUUUCAAUUACUGAUAGUAGCUUCAAAGAUAAAUCCCAUGUGAAUAGUGAUAUGGCAGUGACUGAUAAAUCCCGGGAGAAAGAUGCUGCAGUGACUACUAGCAGUAUGACAGGUGAAUCACAAAUUAAUAGCAAUGUUGCAGUUACUGAUAUCUUGAGAGAUAAAUCUUAUAAGAAUAAUGAUGUGGCAGUGACUGGUAGCAGGUUGAAAGAUGAAUCCCUUGAGGAGGAUGAUAUUUCAAUGACUGAUAGCAAUAUGAAAGAUCAAUCUGAUAGGAAUACUGUUGUUGAUAGUAGUUUUAAAGAUGUAUCUUGUGAAACUAAUAAUAUUGCAGUUUCAGAUAGAUUCUUACAUGGUGACUCCCAGAGGAAUAGAAACAUGGAAGUUACUGAAGAUGAAUCUCAGAAGAGGAAUGAUGUUGCAGUAACUGAUAGUAGUUUGGAUAGUAGUAUUGCAGUGGCAGCUACUGAGAGUAGCAUUGAAGGUGAAUCCCAAAAGAGUGAUGUUGCAGUUAAUGAUGGUAGUGUAAAAGAUGCCCUGGUUGUUCAAACACAAACCAGUGCCUCUUCAAAAAAUAUUUUGUUAAAACCUUUGAAUGCUCAUGAAUCUUUUAAGGAGACCAAUAAAGCAGUUAUGAUGGAAAACAAUUCAGAUUCAGAAAAAAAAGAAUUGAUAAAUGAUCCUCCAAGAAGUAAGGAUAAAGUUGGAGACAAUCAUUGUGAAGUAGAAAAAGAAAAGAGUGACACAGAGGACCAUGCAUCACCAGAUAAUGUAGUCCAAGAACCAGAAAAAGAUGACAAUUCAGAAGAGAAUCCACCAACCCCAACCCAAGAUGAACCGUCCACUUUGGAAGAAAUUGCCGAAGAUGAACCAGCAGCAAUACCAAUCUAUAGUGUGUCUCCUGCUGCUUAUCAGGGGCCAACAAUAGGCAGCCUUUUCAAAAUCGGUAUGGGUGAUGCUGAAAGAUCUGCAGAUCAAGCAAAUAGCACUGCAAGCUCACCUUUGUCUGCUAUUUCAUCUGGGGAUCUUAGUGGUGGAGAAGAGAAAAUAUUGGAAGAUGAAGAACCUGAUGAAGAGGGUGAGAUAAAAGAUACCACAGAAAGUGCUACGCAAGAGAAACCAAAUAGUGACGGAGGAAGUAGAGAUGAUAAAGAAGAGGUUCAUGAAGGAAGAUAUGGCAUGAGGUCAAGAAGAAAAAUUAAUUCUCCAAAAUACUCUGGAGAUGAAUACCUGUGGUAUGGUUUCAAAAAAAGGUCAUCAGGAAGCAUAGAAGAAAAAGGAAACAAAGAAACAAAGGCAGGCAGCAGAACACGGACUACAGAUACAGAACGUACAACAAGAAAGUCAUUACGGACAGAUAGCCUAUCUGUUGGUAAAGAGGAGGGCGAGGUAUAUGAGCAACAAGAAACUAAAAAGCGACAGAAAGGAUCCACUGAAAACAGUGCAUCAAUCAUUCCUGGUCGAAGGCAAAGGCAAGUUCCAAGAAGGUAUUCCCCAAGUGAAUCAGUAACAGGGCGUAGAGGCCAGUCUCCAACUCAAAGGGAGGCACAAACAAGACAGUCAUCUAACAGAUACACAGAACAGCAGCCUUUUGGUGAACGGCGUACAAGAAGACAACAGUCGCCUAUUCAACGGGAAGCUAGUAGAAGUAGGAGGGGCACUACUCCUCCAAGAAGGGGGUUGAGAAGGCCAUCUGGAGACCGUGCUUCAGAUUAUCCACCAAGUAAAAGAAGAAGAUAGCUUGUCAGUAUUCAGCAAUUAUUCGAUGAUAUAUCAUGAAUUCUCCACAAGAACUAAAAAUGACCAAAGAGCUGCGUCUCUAAAUAUUUCAGCAUAGUCUGCAUCCUCAAGCUUGUUAAAAUUGCAUCCCACCUGGCAAAUGUAAAUGUGCACUUUAUAACUGCAAGGAAAAGGUGCAAUAUAAAUGCCCAUACCAGUACCAGUAAAUGUAUUUGCAAAUGAUACCAACUGUAUACUAUUUGUCAAUGAAAGUUUGACCACUCCUGUAGAUAUAUGUCAUAAGAUAAAAAAGCAUCCAGUGGUUUCUUGUUUGUUUAUAUAUUCAUAUUCCCUCAAUUCUUGCUACUACUAGAUCUGCUUAGAGAUAGUCUGCAUGGUUUUAUGUACAUGCAGACAUACAGCCUACAAGUAGAAAAAUAGUUAAUAUUUUAGAUAAGAGAGUGAUAUCUUUAAUUUGCUUUAUGAAAAAUACAGAAAUGUGUUUGAAAUUCAGAUAUGCCAUAGUUAUACUGUAUAGUGUACCACCAAUGAAAUUUAGCUAAAUAUUAGCCAAGGAAGUUGUUAUAUUUUAUUUUUUUGACAUCAUGGGGCGAGUUAGAUUGUAGAUCAUGAAGUAUAGCAAAAUUCUUCCACUGAUAUCAUGUUUUUUUUGUUUCAAUUUCUCAUAUCCAUGUCAUAGCUGAAUUCUUCUCUGAUGUGAUUCAGGUAUCCAUUUUUUCAAGUAUAACAAAUCCAUAUUUUAUUCAGCACAUUUUACAUUUCUAGUAAAAUAAUUUGAAGCUGUGGAUGUACUUAUGCAUUUAGUGCAUGUGAUCAAAGGAAGAGUUGAAUAUUAUAAAGAAAUUGGUAUGCUAAUAUAACAGUAUGCACAUUUUUAAAUAUCAGUGUUUUAUAUUAAUUAUCUUUAAAGGACAAUAAAUAUCAAACCUAUGGAACACCAUUACUUGAUUAAACCUGGCAGUAAGACCAAAAAAAUCCAAGCACAAUGACAUUUGGAAAUUGUUGGUUUACUUUUUUUUCCCCUUUUUUUUUAAACCACUAGGUCAGUCAAAAAGCAGGAGCAUGAGCAAGUAAAAAAAAACCAUAAUACACUUGUUGGAAAAACAAAACAAACAGGAAACUGUCUCUUGGUGUAGUGUUCAGCAUUUGGUGGUCAUGGUGCCUUAAUAAUACAGUACACUUCAUUUUUCAACUUGCUUGUUAAGUCUGCUUUUUACACAUUUCCAACAAGACUGGUAUUAUUUUGAAGGAUAAGAAUGUCCUAUGUCGUGGGUGGGGGAUGGUGUGUGGGAAAAAGAUGCCAGUAACGUUUUCUUAAUUUAACCCCCUUUCAGUAUAUCUGAAUAAUUACUCUGCCUGUAUAUUCAAGUGAUUUUAAAGUGAAUACAGUAUUAUCUAAGUAGUAAUAAGUAGGUGUCAUCCAUACUAAAUCCAUUCUUGUUGAAAUAAAUUCUUAAGAUUGUCUGGAGGGAUACAAAGUAGGAUGACUUAGACAUAACCAAACACAGUGAUCUCUUUGGAAUAAUGUGUGGUUUUAUGGGGUGGAAAUUCAAGGUUGAAUAGCUGAGGUGUUUGAAAGUCGAUAGAGAUGAAGUACUUUUAUAUAAGAAUUCAAAGGAAAUCUUGGUGGUAAAAAGUCAUUGUUAUUGUGAUUUGUCCCAAUUGAAUUGUAAAGAAUACUGUGAUGAAAGUUGAACUAAUAUAAUAGGGAAAAGAGUUUGUGAACAUACUGUAGGCUCAUUUUCCCUGGCCGUUUUGUUGCUGCAUAUCUCAAGACAAAAAAAAGGUGAUGAACUAUCCAAAGUUAAACUGUAAAAAUUUGGAUAAAUGCUAUGUAUUAAAGGGUAUCAUGUUGUCAAUGUGUAAAGCUAAACCACAACUUCUAUUUGAAGAAGGCUUGCAAAAGGAUGAGAUUAAUCUGUACCCUUAAAAUAUAUUGCAUAAUGUACAUUUUUUUUAAAGACAUUAAAAUCCUGUAAAGAUAAAA